UUCUCUCCUGACCAGUGGAACAAGGACCGUUGGGAAGUGGCCGGGAAGGCCGAAACGCAGCCUCCGUGCCGGACUUACGUCCACCCGGACUCUCCGGCCGCCGGAGGGCAUUGGACGAAGGAAGUCGUCUCCUUCCAGAAGCUGAAGCUGACCAACAACACGCUUGACCAGCAAGGACACGUCAUCCUCCACUCGAUGCACCGCUACCAGCCGCGUUUCCACGUUUUGCGUGCGGACGACUUUUUCUGCGACGGAGCAGCAUUGGCGCCACCGCGUUGGAGCGCCUUCCAGACCUUCAGCUUCCCGGAGAUGGCCUUCACUUCCGUCACGGCGUAUCAGAACGAAAAGGUGCGGGUGCAAGAGACGCGAGCG